AUGUUUGCCGCGGUCAGCGGAAGUACGCACGAUGCGGUAGCCGCUAGCAGUCAGAAGAGCGAGAAGAAGCACAAGCGCACAAAAUCAGACCACAAGAAGAAGCGUCCGCAUGACGAUGAUGAUGCGGCAGUAGUGGCAGAAACCUCACAAAAGCCCAAGAAGACCAAGAGUGACAAUGUUGUUGACGGCAGUCGAGAGUUACAGCCUAAUCAACCACAGGCUCUAGCAGAAGAGCCAUUGAAGAAAAAAAAGAGGCACAAGCGGCAUGGAGUGGACGAAGAGGGACCAGAUGGAGUAGCAGCCGCCGAUGAGCCGAAGAGCGAACGCAAGAAGUCGAGCAAGCGUGCAAAAGAUGCCGCGGAGCCGGCGCCAGAGUCUAUGAACGUUGAUCAGCCCGACGAGGAACCCAAGCCAGAAAAGAAGCGCAAAGAGAAGAAGUCGAACAAGCAAAAGUCCGAGGAGGACGCCGAGAUCAAAGAGGAUGUACAGGACAAAAAGAAGCGAAAGAGCAAGGACAAAUCCAAGGACGACUUGACUACUGGCACAACGGUCUCACUAGAGCCUCAGGCGACCCAGGAAUCGGUAGCCGACUUACCCUCCGACGCCGACUUCCCCUUCUUCACGCAAACCGUUUCGCUCUACGUCCCAUUCUUCCCGGUCGGCUUCGACAAGCCCCUGACCAACGUCGCCGCACAACACCUCAAUCCACUCCUGAACCAUUACUCCCCAGUGCUGCGCGGUGUUCUCCUCAGUUAUUCCAACCUCAACCUCUCAGACCGGCCGGUCAAGGCCAGCAUCACGCACCCACCAACAGACGAGACACCAGCUUUGUUGCACUCGAUCGACGAGUAUGCUGUCGGCUUUGGGUGGCUAACCUUUGACGCCCUACUAUUCGUGCCGUCUCGAGGGAAGUCGAUGGAAGGAGUCGUCCAGCUCCAGAGCGAGGGACACAUCGGCGUGGUGUGCUGGAACAAGUUCAAUGCCAGCAUUGAAGCGAAGCGCUUGCCAAAGGGCUGGAAAUGGGUCGACUUGGCCAAGGGCGGCGCAAAGGCGAACGGCGCGGCUUCAUCCGACGACAACGAGGGUCAAGAACAGGGCGGGGAAGGUGACUCGGACAUGCUCGACGGCGAAGAACUUCAGGUCGUGGAGCAGAUCCAUACAACAGGAUACUGGGUCAACGAGCGCGGGCGAAAGGUUAGCGGCAAGCUGCGGUUCCGCAUCAAGAACUUUGACGUUGGGCUGGCGGGUGAUUACGGCUACCUCAGCAUCGAGGGUACCUGCUUAGACGACGACGCCGAGCGGGCUCUGACGGCUCAGGAACGCGAGAUGGAACGGGCGCGUCGGGCGAGGCAGAACCCCGCCGGUCUCCUGCGGCCGCUCUCGAGGCGGGUUCCCGAGUUUAGCAUGACGAGAUUCGGGAGGGAGGACGAGGAAGAGGACGGCGGGCAACGAACGGUCCUCUACAAGGGAAGUCGCCCUGGCACGCCCGAUGACUAG